AUGGGGGACAUGUCGAACAGCGAUUUUUAUGCCAAGAACCAAAGAAAUGAGGACAGCCAUGCAGCAGGCUUCGGCUGCUCCCUCAUGGAGCUGCGCUCGUUUAUGGAGCUGCGUGGCACAGAGGCGGUGGUCAAAAGCCAGGAGGACUACGGGGGUGUAGAAGGACUGUGCAAACGACUGAAAACCUCACCCACAGAAGGUCUUGCAGGUACUCAGGCUGACCUGGAGAAGAGAAGAGAAAUAUUUGGAAAAAACCUGAUACCUCCAAAGAAGCCAAAAACCUUCCUGCAGCUGGUAUGGGAGGCCCUGCAGGAUGUCACCCUCAUCAUUCUGGAGAUCGCUGCCCUGAUCUCCUUGGGCCUCUCCUUCUACCACCCUCCCGGAGAGAGCGGCGGAGAAUCGUGCGGCGCAGCAGCAGGCGGGGUAGAGGAUGAAGGCGAGGCAGAGGCUGGGUGGAUCGAGGGCGCAGCUAUCCUGUUGUCUGUGGUGUGUGUGGUGCUGGUGACGGCCUUCAAUGACUGGUCAAAGGAGAAGCAGUUUCGAGGACUGCAGAGCCGCAUCGAACAGGAGCAGAAGUUCCAGGUUGUCCGAGGCAGCCAAGUCAUACAACUGCCUGUAGCUGAUAUAGUGGUGGGGGACAUCGCACAGAUCAAAUACGGUGAUCUGCUUCCUGCCGAUGGAGUGUUGAUUCAAGGCAACGACCUGAAGAUUGAUGAGUCCUCACUGACCGGAGAGUCCGACCAUGUCAGGAAAUCUGCAGACAAAGACCCCAUGCUGUUGUCUGGCACCCAUGUGAUGGAGGGGUCAGGACGCAUGGUGGUGACAGCUGUCGGUGUCAACUCACAAACUGGGAUAAUCUUCACUCUGCUGGGAGCCGGCACUGAGGAAGAAGAGAAGAAAGAAAAGAAAGGUGAGGCAGUGGAAGACGGACACCGGAAUACAGACUGCUCCCAUCCCCCUAUCCACCCCAUCGCAACUAUAGCCACGGAUGGGGCUGCAGGCAUUAAUGCACCUGGCAGUGCCAGCCUAAUUAAUGGUAAAAUGCAAGAUGGCAAUAUGGAGAGCAACCAAAUUAAAGUAAAGAAGCCGGACGGAGCAGCUGCCAUGGAGAUGCAGCCUCUAAAGAGUGCAGAAGGUGGAGAGGCUGAUGAGAAAGAGAGGAAGAAAGUGUCCGUGCCCAAGAAAGAGAAGUCUGUGCUGCAAGGGAAGCUGACCAAACUGGCUGUCCAGAUUGGCAAAGCAGGUUUGCUCAUGUCAGCCAUCACAGUCAUCAUCCUGGUCCUGUACUUUGCUAUUGACAACUUUGUGAUGCAGAAGCACCCUUGGAUGCCGGAGUGCACUCCUGUCUACAUCCAGUACUUUGUCAAGUUCUUCAUCAUUGGUGUGACUGUGUUGGUGGUGGCCGUGCCAGAGGGGCUGCCGCUGGCUGUCACCAUCUCCCUGGCCUACUCUGUCAAAAAAAUGAUGAAAGACAACAACCUGGUGCGUCACCUGGAUGCAUGUGAAACGAUGGGCAAUGCCACAGCCAUCUGUUCUGACAAGACAGGCACGCUAACCACCAACCGUAUGACGGCUGUGCAGUGCUAUGUUGGAGAUGUGCACUAUAAAGAAAUCCCAGAACCCGGAGCUCUGCCGCCAAAAUCACUGGACUUACUGGUCAACGCCAUCUCCAUCAACAGCGCCUAUACCACUAAGAUACUGCCCCCAGAUAAGGAAGGCGGUUUGCCCAAACAAGUGGGGAACAAGACAGAGUGCGGCCUGCUGGGAUUGGUCUUGGAACUGAAGCGGGAUUACCAGCCAAUAAGAAACCAGAUCCCAGAAGAAAAGCUUUACAAAGUCUACACCUUUAACUCUGUUAGGAAGUCCAUGAGCACGGUCAUCAAAUUGCCUGAUGGAAGCUUCCGCAUGUACAGCAAAGGAGCCUCUGAGAUCGUCCUCAAAAAAUGUAACCAUAUUCUGAAUGAGGUCGGAGAACCCAGGGUUUUCCGUCCACGGGACAAGGACGAGAUGGUGAAAAAGGUGAUUGAGCCCAUGGCGUGUGACGGCCUUAGGACCAUCUGUGUGGCGUACCGUGACUUUCCCAGUGAACCUGAACCCAACUGGGAUGACGAGAACAACAUCCUCAAUGACCUCAUAGCCAUCUGUGUUGUUGGGAUCGAGGACCCUGUCAGGCCAGAGGUACCUGAUGCCAUCCAGAAGUGCCAGCGUGCAGGCAUCACAGUGCGCAUGGUGACGGGAGACAACAUAAACACCGCCAGGGCCAUAGCAAUCAAGUGUGGUAUCAUUCAUCCAGGAGAGGACUUCCUCUGCAUUGACGGCAAAGAGUUUAACAGGAGAAUCCGCAAUGAGAAAGGAGAGGUGGAGCAGGAGCGUAUUGACAAGGUUUGGCCUAAACUCCGAGUUCUGGCCAGAUCUUCCCCAACUGACAAACACACACUUGUCAAAGGCAUCAUUGACAGCACCAUGGCAGACCAGAGGCAGGUGGUGGCUGUCACAGGAGACGGGACCAAUGAUGGACCUGCACUGAAAAAAGCUGAUGUCGGCUUCGCCAUGGGUAUUGCUGGGACAGAUGUGGCCAAGGAGGCGUCAGAUAUCAUUCUGACUGACGAUAACUUCAGCAGCAUUGUCAAGGCGGUGAUGUGGGGGCGAAAUGUCUACGACAGCAUCUCUAAGUUUCUUCAGUUCCAGCUUACCGUCAACGUCGUCGCUGUCAUUGUGGCUUUCACUGGUGCCUGUAUCACACAGGACUCUCCCCUGAAGGCAGUGCAGAUGUUAUGGGUGAACCUGAUCAUGGAUACGUUUGCGUCUCUGGCCCUGGCGACAGAACCUCCUACAGAGUCUCUGCUGAAGAGGAAGCCAUAUGGUCGCAACAAACCUCUCAUCUCCAGCACCAUGACCAAGAACAUCUUUGGACAUGGAGUCUACCAGCUUGUUAUCAUCUUCACUCUGCUUUUUGUUGGUGAGCAGAUCUUUGACAUUGACAGUGGACGUAAUGCACCUCUCCACUCUCCUCCGUCGGAGCACUACACCAUCAUCUUCAACACCUUCGUCAUGAUGCAGCUCUUCAAUGAGAUAAAUGCGCGUAAAAUCCAUGGAGAAAGGAACGUCUUCGAUGGUAUCUUCAGGAACCCCAUCUUCUGUUCUAUUGUUUUUGGCACCUUUGCUGUGCAGAUUGUGAUUGUGCAGUUUGGAGGGAAGCCAUUCAGCUGUCAACCUCUGGACCUGGAAAAGUGGAUGUGGUGUGUUUUCCUGGGUCUGGGAGAGCUUGUCUGGGGACAGGUGAUAGCCACCAUACCUAACAGCAGGUUGCGCUUCCUGCGGAGGGCAGGCCAGCUAAGUCAGAAAGAUGAGUUACCAGAAGAGGAUGUAAACGAAGAAAAUGAGGAGAUCGACCAUGCAGAAAGGGAGCUGAGGAGAGGACAGAUCCUCUGGUUCAGAGGACUCAACCGUAUUCAGACUCAGAUCCGCGUUGUGAAUGCAUUCCGUAGCUCCCUCUAUGAAGGCCUGGAAAAACCAGACUCCAGAUCAUCCAUCCACAACUUCAUGACACACCCUGAGUUUAGGAUAGAAGACUCCACGCCCAACAUCCCUCUCAUCGAUGACACGGACGAUGAUUCCGCCCGGAGGAGGAGGAAGUACUCCAGCCAGCCCUCAUCCCCUAACAAGAAUAACAACGCCAUUGACAGUGGCAUCAACCUUACAAUCGACACCAGUAAAUCAGCAGCUUCCUCCAGCCCCGCCAGCCCUCUGCACAGCUUGGAGACCAGCCUCUAACCCUGAUCCUAACCUCAGCUCUAAUGUUUCCUGUCCUGCGCCUCUAAUUUACAGUCUGGAGGCACCUCCUCCUAUUGCUCCAGACCUCUAACUGUAACCUGUUUCACUCCGAAAAUUUCACCUAAAUCCAACUCGAUUCUCCGCACUCCGAACCCCUUCUCCUGCUCAUGCACCUACACAGGGCAGGUCCUGUGGAAAAACGUCCAUCUUCCCUCUAACCUUGAGCUCUUAAAGCUCUCCGCUCUUUGGAAAUGGAGAAAAUCUGAAGUAAUACAAGCAAGGUGAAAAGAGAAACAAACUAACAUACAAUCAAAAAAGCGCAACAAAGCCACAAAACCUACACAGCCAUCCUGCUUUUGUGGUUGUAUGUGGCGGCGGUGAUGGUGAGUAUGACUAUAUGCGUGUUAGCAUGAACUGUCUAAGUGUGCCGCUAACUGCACAUACGUAUGAACUGUGUCUUUGGUGGCACCAGGAGGAGGAGGACGAUGAGGAGGGAGGCAAAACAGGACAGACUUUAAACUCCCCUUACACUCCCUCUCCUCAACAAUAACAUUGUCAAUACUGAUAAUAGUUUAAAUUAAAUUGAAAAACAUUGUUAUUAUUCUGAUUCUGAUUCUGAUUAUUAUUGUUAUUAUUAUUGUUGCUCCUGCAUGAAUGUACAUUACCCAAGUUUUAUUUAAAAGGGUUUUAAUUUUAUUGGAGUUCUUUUGUUCUGAUGGGCUAGGCCUCGCGGCGGACUACCGUUUUAAAGACAGCUUCUCUGAGUUCGGGCCUGCAAGUUCCCUCUGUGUGGCAUGAACAUGUAUCCGACUGUAAAAAUUUAUUUCAUCCUUCAACGGAAAUGUGUGACGAGGUGGUAGGGCUCAACUUGCACAGUAGUUUUGCACCUGUCAGAAAAGAGGAACGCAAAAUAACUAUGAUGAUGAUAGCAUUUAUGGGAUAUAUUCUAUAAAUAUAAAUACAUAUAAAUAUAUUUAGAGAGAGUUUAUCUUUGUUUGUUGGCAUGUUGCCUUGUUCCUGCUUCAAUGGCUCAAAAUACUUUGACUUAUUUAUGUCUUAAAGAGAAUGUAAUUUGUUUACAACCUCGUAGAGAUAAACUUCCUGGUUUCUAGAAGGAGGGAGGCGAAGCUGAAGCUCAGAUGUACCUAAAUGGACCAGAGCUGCGUUGGUGUGUUAUUACUGAAAAACCAUGUGCUGGAAUUUGCCUGCUAUCUUGUCAAAUAUUGUAGAUAUUUUUAGAGGAUUAACAAACAAAAAGAAACCAAAAUAUAAUGGGAAAUGUAGUAAAUGUGGAAUCUUAGUAUUAUUCUAUAUGAUUGUUGGGAUCAAGUUGGAGUGGCUUGCCUUUGGUUUUCUAAACAGAGGCCUCCUUUUUGUGACAGAGGGGGAAUAUUUAACUCUUUUUUUUAAACUGCUACUUCUGGUUUUUUUUGUUUUUUUUUUAAUGGUUUUAUUUUUUUCUGUGCUUCAGCACUGGCCUGGGGUCAGGGCUCGAGUCAAAGGCUGAUAUCAGGACCUUUACAGUGAACUGUCUUCUAGAUAAACCUGCUUGAUGGACUUGAUGUUUUAAAAUAUGUAUGACCAUCAAAAGGCUGCAAUUGAGACAUAUUAGAAAUUUGCAAAAGUUAUAUAUUUGGCUUAUCUGUACAGAAAUCAGGCUCAUUUUUCUGUUUCAAUUUGGGAUACAUUGUGUUAUUAUUAUUAAUAUUAUUACUUUUUUAAUUUCACUUUUGCUUUAUUUUGGUUUUAAAUGAUUUCCUUUUUCCUCUAGCAGAGAGACACAUGCAGCCCCACAAAGCUGUUGGCAUUUUUAACAUCUAAAAAAAGGAAAAACUGAAAAAAAAUUAUAACAAAAAUGGAAUGUUGCUUUGACUCUUUUUCUAUAUAUAAAAAAGAUGAUCCUUUUCUGCACUAUCUGGUUAUGAAUGAAAACUUCUGUGGUGUAAUUCUAGAUGUGCUUUUGUGUGUUUUAACCAAGCUUGUCUUCCUGCCGUCACAGAAUAUACAGUACUCUAGCAUCUCAACUGUACUCACUAGUUGUAAAAUAUUUAUUGUGCUUUGACCAAUCAGACAUUAUCAGAGAGAAGUUACAUACAGAAGGCACAUUUACCCAGUCUUAUUGCACUCAGAAGGACAAGGCCACUUAACUAGCCUGUACUAUUGUUAUUUCUAUUACUAACUGAAGUCAUUGGCAAGCAUGAUAGGCUCAUUAUGCAACUUAAAAGAAUUGACAAUUUUUCUACUUUUAAAAAAAACCUAUACACUACUACAGUAUAUACAAUCAUUUAUCCAAGCACUUCUAUCUUUUUUCUUUUUUUUUUUUAAUAUCCUCCUCCUCUGUCAUUUCCCAGUCGAUCCGAUCAUCUGGAGAGGGUGCACAAGCUUUACCAGUCAGCUCAGGCGUGUUGAAAAAGUUAACAUGGACCAUUUCAAUAAAAUUUGUCUUAUUUAAGUUGGAGAGAAAAAAAAAAAAAAAAAAAAAAAAAAACAUUCUGCAAUUCUGCUUAGACGCUGUUGAUUUGUUUUUUUCUUUUCUUUCUCAGAUGUUUUAACUUGACAAUUUCUUUGUUUGUCUGGUAAAAAAUGAAAAACAAUAAACAAAACAAAAAAACAUAGCAACAGCAACAACAGCAUUUUCAAUAAAUAAUAAUAAUACUGAUGAAAAAAAAAAAAAAAAAGACUUAAGCCAACAUUCUCAAACCACUUUUACAUCCAGGACAUUCAGCUUUAAGAGGAUGCAAAGACACCAAGUUAAAAAUAAUCCUUGUAAAUACAGCAAUGAGUCCACUGAGGACAGAAACUCCCUGCGGACUGGUGUGAAACAGGAACUGUUCCUGACCACGUUUCCCAUCAUGCACCACAACGAAUCAUACUGCUGACACAGCUGUUGGGCUGUAUGUAAUCGAUCACUGCUCCUGUCAGAAACAUCUUGAUUACAUCCAAAUGAUAACACAUGUUGUAACAACCAAUAAUUAUGUUGAUGAUGACAACGACGAUGAUGACGAUGAUAAUGCUGAUGAUAAUGAUAAUGAUGAUAUCAAUGAUACUUCUUGCAAUAUACUCUCACCUGCCUCGAUGUACUGUAUUUAGCAGCAUGCAGUUUGUGGAACAAAGAAAAAGAGAAAUGCCAACAGAUAACGUUUUGGCAUACUUAGCCAUUUAUGGGUAAGUGAUUUAAGUGUUCAUCUUGUUUUUAUGAUAUUUUUUUUAUCUAUACAAUAAUUGUAAAUAAAGAACUCAAUGUCUUUGUUCAUUUAAUACUAUGCAAAAAGUCAUGCUUUUCUGAUUGUUACCCACCCUUAAUCCUAGAGUGUGUUGCUGGAAUGUUUGUGGUCUCAAAAGUCAGUCAAACAAUGUGAUGUAAAUUAUUUUCUAGCUUGAGGAAAAAGUAAAAUGAUGAUGAAAAUUAUUAUGAUACUAUGAGCAGGCUGAUAAUACCGGUGGUGACAGUGAUUAUGAUGAUGAUAAUACUGAUGAUGAUGAUAAUGAUGAUGACGAUGUUGAACUGUGACUCUUGCUGCUUGACUGUCCCAUUUACCACACUCUUGACAUGAGCGCAAGUGAAAAACAUAAUAAAAACAAAAAAAUGAAAAAUCACUAAAUAAAUCUCCCGGAGCAGCAUGACCCAG